AUGGCAGAAGCAAAGAAGAAAAACAUCGUAAUUAUAGGAGCUGGGGCUGCAGGCAUGUCAUGUGCAGCAACUCUUGCUCAGCAUCCGGAAAGGUUCAAAGUCACCGUCUUGGAGAGAGCGGACGUAACUGGGGGGCAAGCGACGUCCAUAUCCAUCGACAAGGGUAAAUUUGGAACAGAUUGGAUGAAUGAUGGGGUUCAAGGAGGCUCACCUAUCUUCAAACACACCUUCAAUUUCUUCAAGAGGUACGGCCAUGAGCCACAAGAAGUCAAACUCCAGGUAGCAUUUGGAAAGGGACCAGACGGGUUCUGGACAAACUGUUUUCCAAGUCCUCUGGUAGACAAGUUUUCCUCUGAUAUCAGAAAGUUCGGCAAGGUUCUCAAGAUCAUCAAGUGGACGAUGCCAAUCAUGGGGGUCAUUCCUAUUCGCAUCAUGCUUCGAAUGUUUUUCUUCAACAAAGAUUUUGGUGACAAAAUGGUCUUCCCGUUGAUUGCACUAUUCUUGGGAACAGGCAAUCAGACAGCCAACGUCUCAUGCGCCAUCCUAGAACGGCUCUUCGAUGACCCCAACAUGAAGCUUUGGGACUACGAUCCAGAAACUCUUCUCCCGAACUUGCCCACUAUGGUCACCUUCCCCAAGCUCCAUGACUUCUACGAAGAUUGGCGAAAAGACUUAGUCUCCAAAGGAGUAGACAUUCGCCUCGAGACAGAAGUCAGGCAGAUCCUUCAACGAAACAAGAAAGGAAUAGUCCUCGAAACAUCGCCUUGCAACUCCGAAAGAAACACACCCCCUAAAACCAAAACAGAAACCUACGAUGAGCUCGUCCUCUGCAUCCUCGCAGAUGAUGCCCUUAAACUCCUCGGUAAGACCGCAAGCAUGAAAGAGCGCUUCGUACUCGGCGGAGCAAAAUUCUACGACGACAUAACAAUUACCCACUCCGACAGCGCAUACUUCAAAAAGCACUACGAGACGGAAUUUCAAGAAUCUCUUUGCGCAAAACCCAAGUCAAAGGCCCAAGAAGACCAAAUAGCCUUUUCCAAAGGCCUGCAACCGGGUCCAGACAACACGCCAGGACCAUAUAAACCUAUGUAUUAUACAAAGAGCUAUGCUCAGGAUCCGAGGAAGAUUGAGAUGUCAUUUGAUUGCACGAAUUACCAGCACCAGUUCCGCGCUUCAAAUGCGCAGGAGAAGGAGCAUGUGUACCAAAGUAUAUUUCUUGAUAACAGGCAGGAGGAGUUGUGGACUUGGAAGGAGAUUCGGGAGGAGAAGAUUAUCGAGAAGAAGUGGUGGCAUCAGUUGGGGCAUCGGUGGCAGCAUUAUUUAAGGGUUGUACCUGGGAUGAUGUUUCUCAACGGGAAGAAUAAUACGUUCUUCGCGGGAUCUUGGACACUUGUUGUAAGUUUAUCAAGUUUUGGCAUUUUGGAUGGCACUGACGGAAAACAGAACAUGCAUGAACUUGCUUGUGUGAGUGGUAUUGCCGCUGCGUACCGGCUGGGUGCUGAGUAUGUGAAGUUUGAUGAUUUUGCGGAGGAUUUCUUUAGCAAAUACUUGCUCGUUUCGCAUGGAGUGAGGUAUGGUGCUGAGGGGACGAAAAGGCAGAAGCAGAAGUAA